GUGUCGGUUCCGUGUAGUAAACUCUGCGCCGCGCCGCAAACGGUGAAGCGCUCACCGCGGAGAGCCACUCACCGCCCGAGGAGUCGCACAGCGGGACAAAAGCAGGAGACAGCGCCGGGGGAGGCUUCCAGCAGCAGAAAAGUGAUCAGUCGCUGACACUCCCACGGCACACUUUUGGCUGAGGAAACGAGUUGUGCCUGUCUGUGGGUGGCCUGCCAAGAACCUGCAAGCAGCAGUAGCAGGUUGUGAGAGAGAGAGAGAGAGAUAGAGAGCACAAGCUGCAUUGUGCAAUGGCUCUGUUGACCCUGCACAGGAUCCCUUCCACCUCCACCGCUCCAGAUGAAAGCUUCCAACGAAGAGGGAGACUCCAGAAAAGGGAGAGCUUCGCCCUGGUCAAGGGAGCAGUCCUCCUGCUGGAAGAGGCCGAAAGGGAGGGGCCCCAUGAGGAGACCUCACCCCUUCACAGCACGCCCCUGAAGCAGGAGGGCGGAGCCUCAGACACGCAGCACAGGCACCUGCACGCCAUGGUCGCACAGCUCAGACCAGAGGACACCAUCAAGCUGGCGGUACAGUUGGAGUCCGUCAGCCCAGUCAGAGUCAGGUAUCUGAUUGUGGUCUCCACCCUCAGCAAUAAACAGGAGAGCAUCCUGCUGGGCAUGGAUUUCCCCAGCUCGGACAGUGAUCAGUGCACCAUCGGCCUGGUUCUGCCGGUAUGGAGCGACACGCAGGUGUACCUGGACGGAGAUGGUGGUUUUAGCGUGACCUCAGCAGAAGAGACCAGAAUUUUCAAGCCUGUUUCUAUGCAGACCAUGUGGUCAGUGCUGCAGGCGUUGCAUGGCUCCUGCGAGCGUGCCGUUAAGGGAGCAGUGAUCCCAGGCAACGGCCUGAACUGGGCGCAGUAUUACCACGGCCACAUAGAAUCAGACCGCAUCUGCCUUAACGAGUGGGAGGCCAUGAACGACCUGGAGUCUGUUCGGAAGGACAGUGAUGGACAGAGCUCAUCAGACAGACUGUCUAAAGAGAUGCUGAUCAAGGAGCACCUGAGAGACAUCAUGAGGACUGAAGACCUAGAGUCCCUCACAUCUAAAAUGGUGCGCGCUGCACUUGAAUCCAGGAUAGGUUUCGACAUGCGGCCCUACAAAGAAUACAUCGACAACGAGAUGAUGGUCACCAUGGCUCAGAUGGACAAACCCUCCAAGAUAUUGGACUACCUUUUUCUGGGCUCUGAGUGGAAUGCAGCAAACUUUGAGGAGCUGCAGAAAAACAAUGUGGGCUACAUCCUGAAUGUGACCAGGGAGAUCGACAACUUCUUCCCCGAGUCUUUCAACUACAUGAACAUUAGAGUGUAUGACGUGGACGCCACUGACCUGCUCUCCCACUGGACGGACACAUACAACUUCAUCAACACUGCCAGGAAGAGUGGGCAGGCAGUGCUGGUGCAUUGUAAGAUGGGCGUGUCCCGCUCUGCGUCCACGGUGAUAGCCUUCACCAUGAAGCAGCAGCGCUGGCCGCUCGAUGUGGCCCUGGCCUACGUUAGGGACCGGCGUCCCAUCAUCAAGCCCAACGAUGGCUUUAUGAAGCAGCUACACACCUACAACGGCAUCCUCAAUGCAAGUCAGCAGCGCCACAGCGCGCUCUGGAGGCGCAAGUCGAGAGAGCAAAGGAAGAUGUCACUGAACAAGGAGGACGGGAAGGAGGAGGGAGAGAGUGAAGAAGAGGAGGAAGAGGAGGAGGACGAGGAGGAUGAGGGGCUUGAGGAGGAAGAGGAUCUAGAGAGUGCAGAUGAAUUAGAUGAGGCAGAGGGAGACAAGGAGGAGGAGGUAUUUGAAGAACCCAAGCCUCAGUCUGAAGGCAAACAGGACACCCCACUGGCAGGAUCCCCAGCUGCCAAUCCCAUCAUCACCAUUCAAGAGCCGGGCAAGAUGUCUCCCAGCGUUAACCGCAGCGGCAGGAUGAACCUCUUCUCCCUCAUGCAGUCCAUCAGUGAACUAGAUGAUGAAGAGAAAGGGCGUGAGCAGUUACCCGGCAGUCCGAGGAGGUCCCCGGGCCAGCGGAGGCGCAGCCACGGGAGAAAGGGUCUAAUUCACCAGAGAGCCUGUGUGGAUAUUUCACCUGAGCCACGCAGCCAGCCUGACGCCGGGCUCAGCAAAUCUUAAAGAGAUGAGAGAGAUGAGCGCUGGAGGUCUGGAGGGAGGAGGGGAGGCCUGUGGAGGAGGCGGAGAGAACAUGGUGUGUGUCAGGACAAAAUAUCAGUGAGAAACUGUUUUCUGCACCCGCUCAGAUCAUAAAUAUGGUUAGAAUUUGCCAAGAUAUUUAUAUACUGAUGCUCUAUUGCCUGGCUUUAUAUUCUGCAUUAUGUAAUAAUGACGGACGUUUUAAUUUAUGUUCUCCAAGCUGUUUUAUUGCACAGAUCUGUUGAUGUGUUAUGAUUGGUGGCUGUGUGUCGAUGAAAGGAUUGUGCCCUGCUGCAGUAUUGUACAACCGGAUCAGUCACAUGACCGCUGCACAGGCGUACCCGGGGGCUGAAGUCAGUGUCUGUGUUCACUUUUGUAUUUAGAGUUGAUGCUGUUUUGAUCCUGCUACAUAAACAUGUGCAGAUCUCUUCCCCCGCUCAGCGCCCUCUCUCUCUCUCUUCUCUCUCUCUCUCUCUCUCUCUCUCCUGGCCUCCCCUCCUCCCUCACCCCGUCACUCUCCGCUCUCAGAUCAUCGCUCCACGUAGAUCAAAUCUAUGCAAUUACAGUUCCAGUGUCUCUCUCCUCUGUAAAUAAGAGGUCGUAUGCUGCCGGACUGGGUUAGCAUUUUUGGACUUCAUCGAUUUCAUAUUCCUAUCACAACUUCAUAUCGCAUUUCUUAUCGAGACAAAAAGUCUUUUUCACGAGACUAAAAUGAUUUACAGGUGGGAGAUUUUAUCGUAGAUUAUUAUAUCUAAGCUGUGCAUUAUGGACCAAGUUAGGGCCAGUUCCGUGGCACAGGCCCGUAUGCCAAACGUUCUCCAUCGUGCCAAUGAGUAUUUUCAGCUAACAACAGAGGAUAUUGAAAAUAACGUUUAUUGAAGUUUUUAAAUCAGUAUGUCGAGAACCAGUGUGUGUAUUUUUAUUUUUUACCGUUGCGGCUACAUGAAACCUAUCGUUGCUACAUGAGUGCCUUCAACCUGAGACUAAGAUGGCUGUCUGUCAUGUGUUUGUGUGUGUUCACUAUGAGGGGGGCGGCUUCUCCUGUUCUACUGUCUCUCACUCAGCUGGACGGCAGCGUAAACCUACUUUGCAAGCAUUGCAUGUGUGAGGAUACAUGACUUUUACACAUUGUAGCCGAUGAACCGGGUGCAUGUCGGUGUCUGUUUUUAUACCUGUGAAAGAGUGAAGUGUUCAAAGUUUCCCAUGUAUUUAUAUCGGUGUUAUAACGGAUCAAAGCGAAUUUACUCGGUAUUAUCUUCUCAGAUUUUUGGAGAUUGAUUCUAAAGUGGAUUACUCUUAGUUUUUUUCACGCUGGCAUUCCCGUUGUGUCCACUUUCAUCUUGACUAAUGCUAACGUCACUUCACUGGUUCCACUCAUGACGUGCUCGCCUUCGAAAAACCAUCAUGCACUUUAUAAUUCCACAUCGCACACGGUUCCACCGCCUGAGCCAACGUAAUGUUAUGCUGUACUAUGAUCAAAUCGAUAUAUUUUUUAAAUCUUCUCAAUGAUAUCUCCGUGCAUUAAUGUGUUGAACUAUCCACUGUUUCUAUCACACUCUUUUGUUUACAGUUAGCAUUGUAUGAGUGAAAAAUAAAGGAUUUUACUGAGA